GGCGUUAUUGUUUCGGUAUCUACUGCUGGGAUAUUGUGGGCUGGAUGGACGAGAACAGGCCAGCGGUCCAACCCCUUCCCAAGCUCUCCCGCGAGGACAAGGCCUGGUUGAGUAGGAAGUACCAUCGGCGUGUUAAGCUUGCUACCAACGCAAUUCUCGGGGUGACGCUAGUGAGCUGCGUGCUCUUCGAUUGGGACACAUACCUUGGCACAGACAAGCACAUCUUUCGCAGCGUUCGCCCAACCGUUCGACGAUUCCUGGACUCGGUCUACGGAAUUGCGCCUGAGUCGGCCGACAAGAAGCGGGACGCUUGAGGCGCGACGGUACUCAUUUGUGCGGCGGCGCUCUUGCGAAAGACCCGGCCGCAGCCACGCCUGUGACAAAGCGCAGUCGUCAUCUGCUGAGCACGGCAUUAGCACGGCAGUGACGUCUUCCCAUCAACACCAAUAGCAGCUUCGGCUCCACGCGCCACAGCAUCAUGACCGGCGCAACCGCCGCCAACGCCCAGGCGCUGAACGCCGCCGCCAAGGAGUUUGUGCCGCACUGUGACGACGCGGCCACGCUCCGGAAAGCCCCUUCAACUGAGCAGCCUAAGAAGGACGCCGCACAGGCCCAGUCCCACCUACACCACCUCCGCGUCAACGCGCCUGCGUUCGUGCCUCGCGCUUCCGGCCACCACCCCGCUACCCCCGACCGGCCCAGCGAGCGGCCCGCCCAGUCCUCAUCCUCCAUAGCCGCCAGCGUGAGCGGCAGCAGCACCAGCGGCGCCUCGCGCACCGCCGACUGCUGCGCGCCAGAGGAGGGUGACGACGAGGAGGGCGAGGCCGGCGUCGGCGCGUGCGGCGAGUCGUCUGCGGGUGGUUGCUGCGAGUGCGGCGCUGAGGACGGCGAGUGCGGCCACUCUUCCAACGCAGGAGAGGAGGGAGAUGCUCUGGCAGGUGGCGGCGCGUAUGGAGGCGGCGCUCUGGAGCAACUACCGUACCGCUGGGAGGGCGGCGUGCCGUACAAUGGCGCCGUGUACUACGACGCCGCGUUCGUAGACCCGUACGGCCUUGCCACGUACGGCUACCUGACUGAUGGUAGCUUUGAAGCCAGUCAGUGCCAGGCCUACUACGACUCGGAGGCCGCAGCCGCCGCGGCCGCCUACUACGCCAUGAUGGGCGCCGAGGAUCUUGAGGGUGAGGGUGAGGGCGAGGGCGCCAGCGGCACCAGCGGCAGCACGGCGGCCGGCACUGGCGCAGGCGCAGGCGGCGCAGCGUCCGCAGAGACGGCCGAGUCGCAGCUGGCGGCGUCGGAUUGUGUUGAGGGCCUGGCUGCCUCCCUGGAGGGCAGCGACAAGGCCCUGGCUGCGGGUGAGGCGCGGGAGCUGCUGGAGCUGUUCUUCCCGCACUACGCCGGGGCGGCACUGGCGCGGCUGCUGGCGCGCACAGGCGGCGAUCUGGCCGCGGCCUUUGCGGAGCUGGCGGCUCUGGAGCGCCAGGCGGCUGCGGAGCGAGCGGCGGAGCGGGCCGCGGCGGCCGCAGGGGCCAGCACCAGCGGCCGUGGCGCGGCGGGGCAGCAGGCCGGCAAGGGCAAGGGCGCCACGGCUGCGGGCGGUAAGGGUCAGGGGCAGCCGGCCCAGCAGGGUCAGGCGGGCAAGGGCAAGGGUGGCGCGUUCAAGCUGGACCCCGAGGCCUUCCCAACGCUGGCCGGCUCCCCGAUGAAGCAUCCACAACAGCAACACACACCCAGCAAGAAACACUCUGGCGCAGCCGCUGUGGAAGACGCCCGUGAAGUGCAGCAGGAGCAGAAGCAGCAACAGCAGCAGCAGCCCAAGGAAGGGCACGCAAAGGCGAAUCGGCCACCAGAGGCGAAGGAGGAUGCAGUGGAGGCGAAGGCAGAGGCACCAGCGGACGCCCACCCUGCGGCCAGCACGGACGGAGAUGGGAAAGCAGCCCCGGCGCCGGUCCCCGCUACCGCUCCCACGCCUGCCCGGGCAGCACCCAGGCCGGGCGCCCAGGCCAGCAGCAUCAACCCCGCCAAGCCCAACUUCGCCGCCAUGCUCCGCAAUUCGGUCAGCGCCGACGUCAACUUGGCAGCGCCCGCAUCCAAGCCGGCCGCAGGCAAGUCGGCGGUCGGCGGCGCCAAGCAGACGCAGCCGGCGGCGGCACCCAAGGGUUCUGCGCCUGCGGCUGAGGGAGUGGCGGUCCCCCGUGUGGCCACGGGCGCGGCUGCCGCGGCGCAGUACGGCGAGGAGCGGGCGGAGGCGGCAGUGCUGGCGCGCGCACGAAACGCGUUCUUCAUGCAGGCCACGCUGGCCUUCCUGUCCGGCGACAAGGCGCUGGCCCGGCAGCUGGGCCGCAAGGGCCGCGCCGCCAAUGAGGCCAUGAAGGCGGCGCACGCGGCGGCGGCGGCGCGCAUCUUCGCCGCCCGCAAUGCGCACGUCGCCGGCCGGCAACAGCAGCAAGGCGGCGGCAAGCGGCAGGCGGGUGGCAAGACGGAGCAGCAGGGCAAGGGCGGCGGCAAGGCACACCCUGCACAGCCACAGGGCACCGGCGGCAAGGCGCAGGGCGUCCCCAGCGAGGGGUGUGUGCGGUUUGUGGACCUGCAUGGGCUCCAUGUGACGGAGGCAGUGGCGGCGCUGGAGGCUCAGAUUGAGGCGGCACGGGCGGCGGGUUGCAGCCACCUGCGCGUGUGCACCGGCACAGGCAGCCAUACGAAGGGCGCCAAGACGCCCGCGCGGCUGCCUGCCGCGGUGGCAGACACGUUGUUGGCGCACCACAUAACCUUCCGCACGCUGCAGCCAGGCCUGCUGGAGGGGUCGCUGUGAGCGCGACGGUGAUGGGCGUGAGGCUUUUUGCGCCGUAUGCUGUGUGGAGUGUUGCGUUGCAUUGAGAAACGGACUUGUUAGCAGCAGGCUGCGGGAGGUACUGUGACAUGUGACCUGUGGUGUUGGCUAGCUAAUGGCAGGCGGGCGCGCGGAUUACACACGAUAUAUACAGCGUGUCCUUGCGCAACUCAUCGACAAUGUCGUGCUAGCCAUAGAACAUGAUGGAUUGAUGGCCACACCAACAAGUGCACAUGGUGUCGGUGACGGCCGCAUGGACUAUGGUGUCGGUCUUCUUAGCAGCUGGUUAGCGGCCUACUCGUGUCAUACAACGUGUAGGUGUGUAGCAUUAAGCUGUGUAAGGCCCACCCAGUAUGUAGCUGGCCGUCCAGCGCCGGACCUGCUGUGCUUCCUGGCAACCUUUUGUGAAUGUGGGACGAGUUACAUGUAGCACGGCAUGUAUUAAAGGCAUCAUAAGCAGCAGCAGUGAGCUCUGAUGGGAUGGUGGCGGAUGCAAAGAUAUGAGUGUCUAUCUUGUACUGACUCGUAGACAAGCUCGUAUAGGCGUUGUGGUAAGAUAUUAGACCCGACGACGGGGAGCAUACGUUUUGGACCGUUUGUUCGUUGCGGGGAGCAAGCGAACUGGGCGGUGAGGCAAAAGAGUGAGGGUUUGACUACCUUCCAAUCUUCUUGUGAUAUAUGUGCAGUUGCGUGUCUACAUUCUCUCCCGUGAUUCUCUCCCCUGAUCGCAUCAAUUGCUGUGCCGCGAGACAAGAAAGCUCAACUGAACGUAUGCCACACGCGUUCUUGCAAUCUUGCUGUUACGUUGCACCAUUGUUCCUUUACCGUCCUUCACGUCUGAGGCACCGUAAAUGAGACACCGUACAGGACAGGGUAAGGGCAGGUUGGCUGGUUCCGUAGUGUGCCUCAGAAGUUGCUCCAAGGCUCCAUCCUGAACCGGUCUCUUCAUCACAGCUGGCAGAGGGACCGAACUGUCCGAUGCUGGGUGUGCGACACGGGCCACCCCUCAUCGCUGCAGUGUGCGUGACCAGCCUGCUGUUUUGGCUCGCUGUACAAUACUACGUGCGUC